UCCAUGGUGCGCGAGUAGUUAAGCUAAGCGAACGUGUUCAAACCUCGCUCGAAUAUUGUUUAUUAUUUAUUGCACAUUGUUGCAAUUUGUGUAAGUGAACAUAGUAAACAAGCAGGAAUUUACGGAACGUUGCUAGUGCCGUGUGAAGUUUAGUUUUAGUGAAGAAAAUAGUUCUCCGUUUCGUGCCGGUAUUCGAACAGCAAAAUGUGCGCGUUCGCGAGUUCUACAUCGCGAUGCAGCGUUGCCCCUACAUCCACGAGAUGAAGGAGCGACUGCUGGGCGCGCCGGUGGAAGGAGCUGACCCGCGGCCGUCGGACCCGCGAGAGGUGCCCGACCCACGAGACGGGCCGUAUCUACGAGACGGGCCAUACCCAAGAGAACCACUGCGCGACCUCGCGGAUUCGCAGGUCGGCACUAUCGUCAAACUGAAUUCCGACGGGUAUGGGUCGCAUACGUCGCCGGCGCGCGCGCCGCUCGUCACGGACGAGUGCGAUGCGCCGGCCGACGAGAUGGACGCCCUGAGUCCCACCGAUGCGGUGCUGAGGUACCGGGCUUGCUGCCAACCUGACACGACCCCUAAGAACGCCAAAACGUCGCUGUUCAUCAUAUCGAGUUUCAUCUACGCGAAGCUUUUAGUAGUGGUAUGCAUUGCUUACGUCAUCAGCGACGUCAUCACACACAACCUGCCCCUGUACUACUACGAAGGCUUCUUCACCUACCUGUAUGGCAUGAGCAUAUUGUUUUUGUUGUACGUCUUCUGCUUCCUGCUUCAAGAAAGUGCAUGCUGCAGCGGUAGUCCACCAAAACCCAAGCCACCGCCGAAAGAGAAGAAACCCAAGAAGGAAAAGGAAAAGAAAACCAAAGACAAAGAAGGGAAAGAAGCUAAAGAUGCAAAGGAAGGAAAGGAUGGCAAGAAAGACGCGAAAAAAGAUGGCAAGAAAAAAGAUAAGGAAAAGGAAAAAGACGCUGGCAAAGAAAAACCUACCAAAGAAUCGAAGAAGCAGAGCCAGUUCCAGGAGGUGUAUCCCCGUAAGAUGCGUGAUAAAGUUCGUCAACAGCAAUUGCAAAUACAAAUGGCGCAAUUAUAUGCGACCGAACAGCAACAAGACAUCGUGGAGUUGGAGGCUGGACCAGUUGCUAGACCAAUCCGAAGACGGAAGACUUCGCAAAAUGACCACAGCCAUGGAAGUUUCUUCCUUAGAAUUGGAGCUAUCGCUUUCGGCCUGGGUACUAUGAUUUAUAACGGUUUGGAGUUCGGAACAUUCUUCGAGCUACCACAGGUGUCUCCCUGCUAUCUUAUUUUGAAAGGCAUCAAUCCUGUCUUGCAGAUGGUCUUUACUUUCAUGCAAAUGUAUUUCAUUUUCAUGAAUUCUCGACUGAACAUCCACCGUUUCAAAGUGAUUGCUCGGUUCGGUCUGAUGCACGUCGUUGCUACUAACAUCUGUGUUUGGAUUAGAACAUUGGUUCUUGAAUCCCUGAAGGAGAUCACAGACUACCACGUGAAAAAUCCUCUGGGUGUCCCAGGCGAAGGUGUUCUCGGGAAAGUCAUCCGCAAGCAUACUCUCAGGCACUCUGGUAAAGUUUACGGUAUCACUACAGCAGCGACUACGGCUGCUUCCACAGUAAUGAAUACCGUGAAAUCUGCUGGUGAGCAAAUCCUGAACGUUGUAACAUCCACAACUGCUGAGCCUACCACUACGUCAACAAUGUCCACCACAACGACUACUCCUUCACCGUACUUUAAUAUGGGUGGUGGGUUCGGUACUAAAUCGAAAAUAAUCGACACUAUAAAAAGUACUAUCGGUUACAACAAUGGGAUGGGAUUCCCUCGCGAAUCCAAAGAUGCGUGGCCAAACGAUAAUCCUUUCACUACUACCUCCACUGUAGCCACACCAUUAACAACUGAGGGUGAUAAAGUGUCUCAAAAUCCGACAGCCAUGCUGGAGGUUUUCCAGUGGCUUUCUUCUACUUUCAAACCGAUUGUAAGCACCAUGUCAACACCCUCUACUGGAUCCUACGUAACUGAUAAUGAUGAAUGGGCCAAUAGUGUCGAAACGUAUCGCGUAGAUGAACCACCACACGUGCCAGCUAACAACUCGACCGAGAUUUUUGAAUCUUUUGAUAAUCUGAACCCAGCUGCAUUGAUUGCCAACAUUGAUAAUACCACCGUAUGCGGGAGAGACCCAAUUAUGGGCACUAUAGUAUCUGACUCGGCUCCUUAUCUCUACCCCUUCAUCAUCGAGUAUUCUCUCAUCGGAGCCGCCGUGAUCUACGUCAUGUGGAAGCAUAUUGGUCGCUAUCCCAGUGUGGCCAACGAUGAAGAUCUGGAAAGACGUCUGGAGGCUGUUCUCUCCCGCAGGGCGGCAGCACUAGCGGCGGCUCAGCGCGGCAAUCGGGUGGACUGCGCUGGCGCAUCCAAAGGCCUCUUCUGUGGACUCUUGCUUCUGGUCGCCUCGUUGAUCUGCUUGAUCCUCUUCUUCGUCCUUAUCAGACACCAAGAUUUGAAACGCCUCUCGAUUUACUUGGCAGAUGUAUCGCACUGUGCUCUGAUGAUUCUAUCAAUAUUGGCGAUUCUGAUUGGAUUUAUACGUGGUCGUGUAUUGAAAUGGAGCUCUAGUCCCCCCUCCUGUACCGAGCCUCUUCGCAGGGUGCAAUCUCUGAAGUUCCGUUCGGAGGAGCAGUCGGAUCUGAAUGACAUUCUGCUACGCGUGUCGGCCUUCGGACUCUUCGUGUAUGCUGUCUUUAGCGUGAUCGCUGGUGGAAUGGGCGCCUUCACUCAUGAACCGAACCUGCUCGUUAUGAUCACUGGAUGUCUGAGCGUGCUUCAGGUGGUCCUUCAACUGCUGUUCAUCGCUGACGUAUCCCGGCGUCGUGUCCACCUCCCGGAGCAAGAGCGCAGCAAGCCCGCUCGCCAGGCCGUUACCUUCCUCCUCAUCUGCAAUGUUACCAUGUGGCUCAUCUACACCUUCGAGGCACAAAAAGUUCUCGCUAACCCUGUGCAACUGGACUUCUACGGCUUCGUCGCCUGGUCUCUCGUUCAGCGCUUCACUCUGCCACUUUGCAUUUUCCAUCGCUUCCACUCAGCUGUGACCCUAGCUGAAAUAUGGAAGACCAGCUACAAAGCGCGUCUGGAGUGAGCGCAUACAGGAUGUUUUGGAUAACAAUCCAACCGUCAACUCUGACUUCGUCCUACGUUGACCAUUGAGGAUAUGCUACCGAUUUCGUCCUAAUCCGGGGCAGCAAUAUUGUAGUUAGAAAGGUAAAAUUUGUUGCUAGUUCCAAAAACAUCUUGCUGUUUCAUAAAGUGUUUAGAAUAGGAUCGUGUGACGAAUUUAGAGCGAUAACUGUCUAUUUAGGAUGAGUAAGCUAUCCCGGUCAAAUAUAGCUGUAACGUAUUGUUCCCGGAUAGACCCUGCAAAUCAUUAUGUUGGUUAUGAUUUUCUCAAGUUGAUUCACUAUCUUUUCCUAUCACAUUCCAUAAUACUUUACUUACUUUUUACAGUUUCGUAUAAUCUAGGUUUCUUGGAAGACUGACUGUGGAGACUAACGUGACCAAACAAACAUAUUUUUCAACUCAUUUUCUUUAUAGAUACGUAAACAUCAUUGCUCAUGUUUCGGAUUUCUAUACUUUGUGAAUAUUUUGAUUGAGAGAAUUUUAUGGCAAUUUGACCUAACGAAAAAAGAUAAUAGAAGUAAUCCCCAGUUGUGAAGAGUUCCCUCCUUUGUUAGGAAUAAUUUGUGUGCCAUGGUUUUAGAGUUAAGGCUUAAUUCGACAAUAUUUUACAUUUCUUUUAUCAAUUCGAAUUUUAAGUAAAAAUUGUUCGCUCCUUGUUAAAGAUGAGUGUAAAUCGUGAAAAAUAUUUAUUAACGAAGGGAUAUUUAAAAUUGACAGAGGUUGGAAGGACUUGCAUAAUUUGUUUUAUGGAUUGAUAAAAUUAUAAUUAUUAUCUCAUGCAUGAUAAUGAAGGUACGACCUUUUGCGACCUUUUUAAAUCGUAACAUAUUUUAGAGAUAAAAAUAAAGUUAAAUAAUAUUUAAAGUUUCAGAAGAUUUAUUAGCCAACAUUUUGAGAUAAGCUGUAGAAUUAUAUUGGAAUAUUAAUAUUAUGCUAAUCGUAAGAUCGUAGAUAAAGUGUCGAAAAUACCUACAUCUAAUUACAUAAAUGUACUUAACGUUAGAAGGAUACAAACAAGAGUAGCGAUGCUUGGGCAGCGAUGCAGAAAUUGCUUGAUGUGAAGGAUUAUUAAUAUUUGAGUUUAAGACAUUUCAUUGCAAGGGGCCAUAAAAAUCGAAGUUUUGUAUCAACCGUUGCACAUUUUUAUAGCUCUUUUAGCUAUUUGUGAAUGCAAAAUAGAUAGAUUGCGCAUUAAUUACUUAAAUGUGCACAAUUUAGUGACUAAAAUUUACGUAAUUUUCUAUGCCAGCUGACGUUGCUCUUCUCAAGCUUUGCUUGAUUUUGUCACUUAAUAACACAGUGAAUGUUGAAUUUUCAAUUACGUUUUUGCCUUGGAAAGUUUUUGAAUGUAUUUUCCUAACAUCUUUUGUGCAAUCUAUUUUUAUAAGAGAACUUAUUCUACUUAGAAUGGAUGUCACUUAGCAAUACAACCGGGAUAUGUGGCGUGAUAUUAUCAUUUUGAUGUUGAAGAUUUUUUGUAUAAAAUAGUGAGUACUCAAUUAUUUAUAGCAUAUUUAUUAAUUUGUAAAUUAACUUUUAAGAUACAUUCUUAACUUAUUGCUCUAGGGUUUGAGAGUAUGCUUAUAAUGUGAGAUUUUGAGUGAAUGAUAGGUAGUUAGUUUUUGACUGGUUUAUAAUUUUAACGUUAAAUAAAAUAGUGAUUUACGAAUACCGAACAGUAAGUUCUAUUUGCAAGUAAAUUGCUAGCUGCUAACAUCUAAUCUGAUAAGUAAAAAACAACCAGCGUGUUUGACAUUAUUUAUCACUGCCCGUAUUUUUAACUACAGUAAUUAUUAUAACUAGUAAGUCCUUUGAUAAAACUAUACUAUUUCUAACUUGUUCAAUUUUGUAGGUGAUAUUUACUGUGUACCUUAAAUGUUUGGAACAAAAUGUACCGAUGUUUGUAACAUUAGGUUAAAAAUUAUCAUCAUUAUUGUGGAUACUCAAUCAGUGUUAAAAUAAUAGAG